AUCUAGGUUUUUGAAAAACACCAAAUUCCCAUGUCCCUUGUGAGAAAUCCAAUUUUUCACUCUUUCACUGCCCUCUUUUUCAAAAGUUAAGAGAAGAAAACAAUAAUAAUAAUAAUAAUAAUAAUAAUUGUUAUUACUAUCUCUCUUUUCUCUUCUUGUUUCUAUGUCUAGAUAGACGAAGAAAGUAGAGGCUAUAAAUAGGGCAGAAGAGUCUUGAAGUCAUAAUAAGCACUCCCACUUUUUUCAGAAAUCUAAACAUUUUUCCGAAAGCUGAAGUGGCCGGAGAUUAAGCCUGCAGACAUGGGAAGAGGAAAGAUUGAGAUCAAGAGGAUCGAGAACACUACGAAUCGUCAGGUUACUUUCUGCAAGAGAAGAAAUGGGCUGUUGAAGAAAGCCUAUGAAUUAUCUGUCCUUUGUGAUGCUGAAGUUUCCCUCAUCGUCUUCUCUAGCCGUGGCCGUCUCUAUGAGUACGCCAACAACAACAGUAUAAGAUCAACUAUAGAUAGGUACAAGAAGGUCAGUUCAGAUAGUUCAAAUACUGCCUCUAUCACAGAAAUCAAUGCCCAGUAUUAUCAACAAGAAUCAGCAAAGAUGCGUCAACAAAUUCAGUUGCUACAGAAUUCUAACAGGCACUUAAUGGGAGAAGCCGUGAGUAAUCUGUCGGUGAAGGAGCUAAAGCAGCUGGAGAAUAGGCUCGAAAGAGGCAUGACUAGAAUCAGGUCAAAGAAGCAUGAAUUGCUGCUAGCUGAAAUUGAGUAUAUGCAGAAAAGGGAGAUUGAGCUGGAAAAUGAAAGUGCCUAUCUUCGAACCAAGAUAGCGGAAGUUGAGAGGCUUCAACAAGCCAACAUGGUCACCGGAGAAGAGCUGAAUGCAAUCCAGGCAUUAGCAGCCUCUCGCAAUUUCUUUGCUCCUCAUUUUCUUGAGGGUGGAACUGCAUACCCGCACACUUAUAACAAGAAGAUUCUCCAUCUUGGGUAAGAAACUGGAGAACUGAUGUAUUUUGAUACAUAUGUGCAAUCCAGAAAAUGAAGACAGUACGAUAUUAUCUGAUAGUGUGUGCCCUAGUUAAGAUCAGUCCUUGAAGUACUGCUGGUCAAUGUAAGCUGGAUGUGUUCUAGCUAGAUAAGAUAUCAACAUUAUUAAUUGGCACUGCUUUAAUUUGUAUGGAUUUUUUGUAUGAACUCUACUAAAUCACUGUUGAAAGGCAGUGGUUAUGCUAGUUCUAGUCUGAAGGAUUUCUAUCAGAUAAAUAAAGUUCAUAUAUAGAUAUAAA